UCCUUAGAGCCCGGGCCAGAGUGACUGUGUGUGGCCAGACGUGGGGCGCUCGGGCUCAAACCUGAGUCCCAGGCGGGGCUGAGCGCGCCCGGUAGAUAGACCCAAGAAAGCCUGAAGCAAACAGGCGCUUUGCCGUUGACAGGGGCGGGCUUGCACCCAGCGCCUGCGGCAGGCGGCUGCCCCCUCGCGCGGGCUGUGGUGGGGAGGCGGCGGCAGCCCCCAGUGCGGCUGGCGGGCAUGCGCGGGCGCCCCACUAACAUGGCGGCGGCGGCGGCGUGAAUCCCGGCGGCGGGGGCUGCGCGCUGCUUGACAGACCCACGAGCCGCCGGCGGCGCGCGAGGAAGCGGGCGGCUCGCCCCCCAGCCCGGAAACUGUUGUGCUGAAAGGAAGAAUUAACUGGUCUUUCAACUUCAGCCUUUUUAUUGUGAGAAGGAAGAUCACAGAAGUGUUACCAUGGGGAGAACAGCAGCUAAAGAUUCAAAGAAUGUUAAAAAGGAGAAACAUGGGAAGAGUCAGCAGUCAAACAAUGUGUCUUUAAAAAAUGAACACUUUAAGUGGGAUAAUUACUUGAAAGAGACUGGAUCGUUAGCCGCUCCUCCACAUUGUUUCAGACAGUCUAGGAUCCCACCUAGCAAUGAUUUCAAAGUUGGUAUGAAACUGGAAGCCCACGACCCACGCAAUGUUACCUCAGUGUGUAUAGCUACAGUAAUUGGAAUCACUGGUGCCAGAUUAAGGUUGCGGCUUGAUGGAAGUGACAACAAAAAUGACUUUUGGAGGCUUGUGGAUUCCUCUGACAUACAGCCAAUUGGGACCUGUGAAAAGAAAGGGGGGAUGCUCCAGCCGCCACUCGGUUUCCAGAUGAAUGCAUCAUCUUGGCCAAUGUUUCUGUUAAGAACACUAAAUGGAGCUGAAAUGGCACCAGCAGCAUUCUUUAAGAAGGAACCACCAAAACCUGCUCCAGACUAUUUUAAAGUUGGAAUGAAACUUGAAGCAGUAGACAAAAAGAACCCUUAUUUAAUUUGCCCAGCGACCAUUGGAGAUGUUAGAGGAGAUGAAGUUUUCAUUACAUUUGAUGGCUGGCGGGGAGCAUUUGACUAUUGGUGCAAAUAUGAUUCUCGAGAUAUCUUCCCAGUCGGAUGGUGUGGCUUAACAGGAGAUGCACUACAGCCACCAGGCAACAAUGUUUCCAUUACAAAAAGAGGUGCAAAAGCCCAGUCUUCCCCUUCCAAAGUGACCCGGCGUUCAAUGCAGUCUCCACAGAAGUCUGCUCCAGUACCAGCACAAUGUGGCAGGAAAACAGGUCGGGGCAACCCCCCUGGACAAUCUACAGUUCCUAGGAAGGGAAAAUCUCCUAAAACCAUUCCUCUGACAAAAAUCACCUCUACGGAAAAUCUCAAAACAAGGAAAAAAGGUUUAAAACCUGGAAGAAAGAAAAAAAUCUUGCCAGUGAAAUCUCCUCCUGCAUCUUCUCCUCUUACUUCUCCUGAGGGGGACAAUGGCAGUACACAGAUACAUAAAGAUGGAGUUGGCAUUGCUGGUGCAACAGCAGCAGUUAUAUCCACAGUUUGCGUCUAUGUUAACAAGCAUGGGAACUCUGGACCUCACCUGGAUAAGAAGAAAGUUCAGCAGCUUCCAGACCACUUUGGACCAGGUCCUGUAAAUGUGGUACUUCAGCAGGCUGUGCAGGCCUGUGUAGACUGUGCCUAUUUAUCCAAAACAGUCUUUGGAUUCCUCAAGUCAGGGCAUCAUGGAGGGGAGAUGAUAACAGCCGCCUUUGAUGGGGAGAAACGUGCCAUCAAUCUUCCUUCUGUAAACAGUGCAUCGUUUGUCCUGCGUUUCUUGGAGAAGCUCUGCCACAGUCUGCAGUGUGAUAAUCUUUUUAGUAGCCAGCCCUUCAGCCCUUAUAUGGGAAGUGCACAUAGUCCUACAGAGUAUGAUAGGAACAAACCAGCAAAAGAGGAAAUAUCAGAAAACAGAAGUACUAAACGAUAUUCUCAGGAUUCUCCACCCUACACUGCCCCUCUCUCCCCUAAACUCCCCAGACCUGACGCUCACCCAUCUGAAGCAGAAACAUUGCCAACUGAAGAAAAUGGCACUCCCAAAGAACACCGAUUUUCUGAGGACUCUAUGGAUUCUGCACUCAAUUCAGUAAAUCCUUCAAGCCCAACCCGCCGAAAUUCCACUGAAUAUCGUAUCUCAGGGAGUGCAGCAUAUUACAGGAAUUCCCUUCAACCGGUGACUGCUGCUUCAAACUCAGCCCCAAUCCUACACAGGCUGUCAUCAAGCUCUGCUGGGAACAGCAGUUACUAUGAAGUCAAUAGGAAUCGAAUGCAGAGGAGGAUUGAAGCUGCAAGUUCUACAACAGGUCCUGAUCUCAGUGCACUAAAAAGGGAACCCUCCCGAGUACCAAAUCAGGAUCCUUCUACCUGGUCAAUAGAUGAAGUAAUGCGAUUUGUGAAAGACGCUGAUCCUCAGGCAUUAGCACCUCAUGCAGAACUCUUCAGGAGACACGAAAUUGACGGAAAGGCACUACUGUUACUAAGGAGCGAUAUGAUAAUGAAAUAUAUGGGACUGAAGUUGGGGCCAGCAUUAAAGCUAUGCUACCAUAUUGAGAGACUUAAACAAGGAAAGUACUAGCCAGUGGAGACACAGUAAUGUACGUAUUCAUAUCAGACUUAAACUCUCAGGUUCACAGACAUGUUCUUUAUUUAAGAAUAUUUUGUCAUCAUAAACCAUCUUCAGUUUGCAAAGUUUCCUCUCAAGUGAAAAGGACUGUUACAUUCUAGUACUCUAAAAUGUUUUAGAAACGUCACACAAAAAGCCAACUGCUGUUGUGUGUUUUUUAAAAAACACAAUGCUUUCAUGAGUACUAACUUCACACACAGUGCUGAGAAAUCCAUUCUCUGCUACAGACUUCAACUGACACAUUCACAUUCAGAACCAAAACAGCUUAAUCCCAAAGGAAAAAAACAGCAUCAGGUGUUUGAUAACUUUUACAGGGGUGGCUGUAAAACUUUACAUUAUAAAGAAAAUUUUAAAGAAGCAACAGUAGACUUCAUCUCUUUAGUGAAUACUCUUUAUCUGGUGCUCCAGAAAAGUAAUAUUCAUCUAAAUUAUACUAUACAGAUUUCCAUAAAGGGAAUAGCCAUAUGAAUUGUUUGAUUUGUGUGUUUUUAAUACAAAUAUAAGCUUUUAUAAAGUGUGGUUAUCAGUUCUCUGGUGAAUUUUGAGGACAAAUGUACAGUAUGUUGUCAAUUUAUGCAGGGGGGCAUUUUCUUGGCCAUUUUAAACAGCCAACUGUUCUGGGGUGAACAGACUUCCAAAUUUCUAUGGAACAGAAGACCCACAUUUUAAACAUUCCGUCUUUUUGCUGAACUUGGCAUGGAUAUUUGUAUUCAUGCUUAUGUGUAUAUAUAUGUGUGUGCGAGUGUGGUACAUACAUAUAUACUGUACAGAUGUAUUCAGUUUUUUAAAAUGUGUUUAAAAUAUCCUUUGCACUGUGACAGAGAUAAUGAGAAACUGUACAGUUCAAUUUUUUUUACCAGUACAUUUUUUGUGUACUUCUAUAUUCAUUAGCACCUGUCCACUUUGCUUUCCAUUCUUGGGGGGUAAGGAACAAUCAAUGGAUGGGUGGAUUCAUACAGGAGAGUGCCCUGUACUAUGCAAAACUCCCAGUUACUCAUUACUUAGCUCUGAGCCAUUUAUUCUGGUAUGGUUUCUGGAAAUACGCAUUUUGGUUCUGAUGUUUCUUGUUUUUUUACUUCUUUAAUUUAAAUAUUUCACUUGUCAUGAAGAAGUGGUACUCAUACUAAUACUCUUGUUUUGCAUAAAACUUGGUGCUGUUUAUAUAAGCUACAGAAGUGAGUGUUGAUAAUAAAACAGCUUGCUAUCACUGCCAAUAAAAUAUACAUCAGGGACAAGAAAUGUACAUUUUCUGUGUAGGAAAUCGAAUGUACUGUAUGUAGUGCAAGUGAGAAUAAAGAACUAUUUACUAGGGAAGAUGUAGUCCUAAAUGGAUAGGUUUUAUUAUAUUUCUUAUUGUCUUUUUAUAUAUGAAAGCUUCUAGUAAAAAAUGUGUAUUUUUUACAAAUUUCUUGUUUGAAAAUGCCUUGCUUAUUGCUAGUUUAAUAUUCCUCAGGUUUUAGCAGAAAUCCUGCAAAAUCAUAAUUUGUAGUUCUCAGAUUUCCAAGUAGUCAUUUAAAUAACUGCAACACAAUUUUAAUUUAGAAGUUCAUUUGUCUUUGAGGAUUGUUUUGUUCUGCUAUCACAAAACAUUUAACACUAAGGGUUAUGUGGUUUGGUUUACUUUACAUAUCCUUUGUCCACAUGUGUGUUUAGAUGGACAGCACACACAUGCCUGCUUUAUAUCUAGAAAAGGGCAAAACAAUGAUGGAAAAAUAUGUAGUAUAUUUGUUAUAUAUUGCUUAUGCCACACUUCAUCAAUAUGUUAAGCAUUAUGCUGACUUUUUAAUGUGAGAAAUAACACUCAUAAAAUUGCAUUGGAAGUAAUUUGGUCUGAAACUAUAUUAUUGCAUUGUCCAAAUAGUUGGUAUAAAUAAAAUUAAGAUGUUUCUGUUUUCUACAUCCAUAUAGAACAAUGAAGUUGUAGCCUCUUUUUCAUACACUCCAUGGCUGUGGUAUAAAUAUUUGUACAAAGGUUGUGUGCACAUACGUGCACAUGAAAUGCUAGAAUGUCAUAGUACUAGAGAAAAAAGAAGAACAGGAGUACUUGUACAUAUGCAUAUGCAUCCGAAGAAGUGGGCUGUAGUCCACGAAAGCUUAUGCUCUAAUAAAUUUGUUAGUCUCUAAGGUGCCACAAGUACUCCUGUUCUUCUUUUUGCGGAUACAGACUAACACGGCUGCUACUCUGAAACCUGUCAUAGUACUAGAAUUUCACAUUGUAUUAUAGCAUGAGAUCCAAGGGGUGUAACAGAAUAUAUUUUUAAUUGUUUAUUUUCAACUGGGUGUACUUAUCUAAAAUAAUUUUUAAAAAUGUU